GGUUUGUUCGUCAGUCGCGAGUGAGGCACUGCCAGUGAGCAGUCCACUGCGCUCGUUCGAUAUAAAUAAACAAAACUAAAUUCUAUCCAAACGUGUUAAAGUUUCAUUUUACAAGAUGGCUAAAGUGCUUUUGAGUAAGGAAUUGCCGGACAUAGAGAACUUGCUGAGGUUGAACCCUACAGUGAAGCCGUAUUCCAAUUUGGUCCCAUCAGCACAGACCAAGAAGAACAAACAGCACUGGAAGAGGAACGCUGACCGAAAAUGCACCACCUGUCCAACAUUGGUAAAGAACUUCGACGACAUCAAGCACACGACGCUAUCCGAGCGUGGUGCCUUGAGGGAGGCCGCUCGCUGCCUCAAGUGCGCGGACGCACCCUGCCAGAAGUCCUGCCCCACGCAGAUUGAUGUCAAGAGCUUCAUCACCAGCAUUGCUAACAGGAACUACUAUGGGGCGGCCAAGACCAUCCUGUCGGACAACCCCCUGGGGCUCACGUGCGGUAUGGUGUGCCCCACCAGCGACCUUUGUGUGGGAGGCUGCAACCUCCACGCUAGCGAGGAGGGCGCCAUCAACAUCGGAGGACUGCAGCAUUUCGCUGUUGAUAUCUUCAUGAAAAUGGGGAUUCCCCAAACCCUGGACCCCAACAUCAAGCCGUUACCUCGAGGUGGAAACCAAAAGAUCGCGCUCAUCGGCGGUGGACCCGCCAGCACCAGCUGUGCCUGCUUCCUGGCAAGGCUGGGGUACAAGAACAUCACCGUUUAUGAGAAGGAGAAAUACUUGGGGGGACUGAGUUCAUCAGAGAUCCCCCAGUACCGCCUGCCUUUCGACGUGGUGCAGUUUGAAGUGGACCUGGUGAAAAGCCUCGGUGUCAAGUUUGUCACCGGGAGAAAGCUGUCAGCUAAGGAUAUCACUGUUGAAGGUCUUUUAAAAGAUGGCCAUGCAGCGGUCUUCCUCGGAAUCGGUCUGCCUGAGCCCAAAACCGUGCCCAUAUUCAAAGGGCUCACCCAGGAAAUGGGCUUCUAUACAAGCAAGGACUUCUUGCCCCUGGUCUCGAAGGGGAGUAAGAAAGGCAUGUGCGCGUGCAAGUCGUCGCUGCCAGAACUGUACGGCAGCGUGAUCGUACUCGGCGCGGGAGACACUGCCUUCGACUGCGCGACGUCAGCGUUGCGUUGCGGCGCGCGCAGAGUGUAUGUUGUUUUCCGAAAAGGAUUCAGCAAUAUUAGGGCUGUGCCGGAGGAGGUCGAUUUGGCGAAGGAAGAAAAGUGUGAAUUCGUACCAUUCAUGUCGCCACAAGAAGUUAUAGUGAAGGAUGGCAAGAUUGCAGCUCUGAAAAUGUGCCGAACCGAACAACUGGAUGACGGAGAAUGGAUCGAAGAUGUCGACCAAAUACUGCAGCUGAAAGCCAACUUUAUAAUAUCGGCGUUUGGAUCGGGAUUGUACGAUGCCGAUGUCAAAGACGCGAUGUCAACCGUGAAACUAAACCGAUGGGGCCUUCCUGAAGUGAACAGUAUGACGAUGCAGAGCGCAAGUAACCCUCAAGUAUUCAUCGGGGGAGACUUGGCCGGGGUCGCCGAGACCACGGUUGAGUCGGUGAAUGACGGCAAGACCGCCGCUUGGUACAUGCACUGCUAUUUACAGGGUCUCCCAUUCGACUCGCCAAUCGAACUACCGAAGUUCCACUGCCCAAUCGACGAUGUAGACCUGUCAGUGGAAGUCUGUGGCAUAAAGUUCGAGAACCCCUUCGGGCUGGCCAGCGCGCCGCCCACCACCAGCGCGGCCAUGAUCCGCCGCGCCUUCCAGCAGGGCUGGGGCUUCGCCGUCACCAAGACAUUCGGCCUGGACAAGGACUUGGUAACCAACGUAUCGCCCCGGAUAGUUCGCGGCGUGACGUCAGGCGAGAACUUCGGGCCGGGCCAGGGCUCCUUCCUUAACAUCGAGCUGAUCUCCGAGAAGUGCGAGGCUUACUGGUGCCAGAGCAUCACUGAAUUGAAACGGGACUUCCCUAACAAAGUAGUAAUAGCGUCUAUAAUGUGUUCGUACAACGAGCGGGAUUGGACCGAGCUGGCUCAAAAGGCAGAAGCGGCGGGAUCCGAUGCGCUGGAGCUGAACCUUUCGUGUCCUCACGGCAUGGGCGAGUCAGGCAUGGGGCUCGCUUGUGGGCAGGACCCUGUGUUAGUAAAAGGCAUUUCUGAAUGGGUGCGAAAAGCGAUCAAGAUUCCAUUCUUCGUGAAACUCACUCCUAACAUCACUGACAUUGUGUCAAUCGCUGUGGCGGCGUACGAAGGUGGCGCUAGCGGUGUUUCUGCCAUCAACACCGUCUCCGGCCUUAUGUCUGUCAAAGCCGACGCUACACCAUGGCCUGCUGUUGGCGUCGAAAAGCACACGACAUACGGCGGGGUGUCCGGCAACGCGACGCGUCCGAUGGGCCUCCGCGCCGUAUCCGCGAUUGGGAAUAAGCUGCCCGGGUUCCCAAUACUGGGCAUCGGCGGCAUCGACUCUGCUGAUUCAGCAUUGCAGUUUAUAAUGUGCGGAGCGCCAGUUGUGCAGAUCUGCAGCGCCGUCCAGAACCAAGACUUCACGGUGGUGGAGGACUACAUAACGGGCCUGAAGGCGCUGCUGUACUUGCGUUCUAUUGGCCUGGACGGCUGGACGGGCCAGUCGCCGCCCACCUUCAAGCACCAGAAGGGGAAGCCGGUGGAGACGUUGUACGACAACGAUGGAAAGGUUCUAGCUCAUUUCGGCCCAUACAUCAAGAAGCGUGAAGAGCUGCUGCACGAAAAGCGACUGAAUUCAGAACUGUUGGGCAGCAAUAAGGUCGACACUUACGUGAACGGCAAGGUCAACGGAGUGGCCGAAAUCCCCAGAAUCCAAGACGUGUUGGGCCUAGCUCUUUCUAGGGUCGGGACUUACAAACAUUUGGACAAUACGAAGCAAGUGGUUGCUUUGAUCGACGAUGACAUGUGCAUAAACUGCGGAAAAUGCUAUAUGGCGUGUGCUGACUCCGGCUACCAAGCCAUUGAAUUCGACCCUCAGACCCAUAUUCCGCAUGUGACAGACGACUGCACCGGCUGCACCUUGUGUCUAUCUGUGUGCCCCAUUAUUGAUUGUAUUUCAAUGGUCCCAAAGAAAAUUCCCCACGUCGUCAAAAGAGGAUUACACAAAAACGUACACGCUAUAACACCGCUGGAUGCAGUCUGCCAAUAAGCUAAUAUCAUAAAUGAAAAUACUUUAUCAUAUCUUGUAUAAAAAUA